AAUAUUAACUUUUCCAUAUUUGAAUUGCAAUUCUUCUUAGAAAGUUUUGGGUUGACUAACAAGAGAAGGAGGAUGUGUGUAGUAUAUAAAAGGGUGAAGUGGGGAGUUGGGUCUUUAGUCAUAGAGUUUGAGUCGUAAAGAUGAACUAAAGCUAAGCCUUGAAAUUAUUCAACGUUCCUAAACCCAAAGAAGUAGUAGAUGGCUGCUUCUGCUGCCGAAGAAACUGGCCUUGACGACUACACCAAAGAUGGAACCGUUGAUCUCAAAGGCAACCCCAUCCUCCGCUCCCGACGAGGUCGUUGGAAAGCCUGCUCCUUCAUCGUCGUGUACGAAAUGUUUGAACGGAUGGCGUAUUAUGGGAUAUCGACAAAUCUAAUAAUAUACUUAACGAAGAAGCUGAAUCAAGGCACUGUCACAUCCGCCAACAAUGUCACCAACUGGUCUGGGACCGUUUGGAUUAUGCCAAUCUUGGGGGCAUACGUCGCCGAUGCUCAUCUCGGUCGCUACUGGACGUUUCUCGUCGCCUCUGCCAUCUGCCUUACGGGAAUGGGAAUUCUAACACUAGCAGUCUCAUUGCCAAGCCUAAAACCACCAACAUGUUUGGACGUGAACAAAGAGAAGUGCAAGCAAGCCUCGACGUUACAGCUCGCGGUAUUCUUCGGUGCGCUCUACAUGCUAGCAUUCGGGACCGGGGGGACGAAGCCGAACAUUUCAACGAUGGGAGCGGACCAGUUCGACGAGUUUCAUCCAAAGGAGAAGGCUCAGAAGUUGUCCUUCUUCAACUGGUGGAUGUUCAGCAUUUUCUUUGGGACUCUGUUUGCCACCACAAUUUUGGUUUACAUUCAAGACAAUGUGGGAUGGAGCUUGGGUUAUGGGCUUCCAACAAUUGGGCUUGCCAUUUCAAUUCUAAUAUUUCUUGCUGGGACACCUUUUUAUAGGCACAAGAUCCCCAAUGGAAGCCCUUUCACUACAAUGGUUAGUGUUAUUGUUGCUGCUCUUAGGAAUUGGAGGAUUCCUCUUCCUAAUGAUCCUAAACAACUACAUGAACUUGACUUUGAAGAGUAUACAAAACAAGGAACUUUUAGGAUUGAUUCCACUUCAUCCUUGAGGUUCUUGAAUAAGGCUGCCAUAAGAAGAGGUUCAAGUGAUCGUUCAUGGAAGUUAUGCACAGUAACCCAAGUGGAAGAGACAAAACAAAUACUGAGAAUGAUACCAAUUCUAAUAUGCACAUUCAUUCCAAGCACAAUGUUGGCUCAAACACACACUCUUUUCAUAAAGCAAGGCACCACUUUGGACAGAAGUGUUGGCAGCCACUUCCAAAUCCCACCAGCAAGUUUAGCUUCUUUUGUCACCAUCUCCAUGCUCUUCAGUGUUGUCAUCUAUGACAGGUUGUUUGUGAAGAUAAUGCAGAGAAUAACCAAAAACCCAAGAGGAAUCACAUUACUACAAAGAAUGGGAAUUGGAAUGAUUCUCCACAUCUUAAUAAUGACAAUUGCAUCAAGAGUUGAAAGCCACAGACUUAAAGUAGCUAGAGAAAAUGGAUCACCACAAGUACUUCCCUUAACCAUUUUCACUCUCCUCCCUCAAUUCAUGUUGAUGGGAACUGCUGAUGCCUUCAUGGAAGUAGCAAAGAUUGAAUUUUUCUAUGACCAAGCUCCUGAAACCAUGAAAAGUUUAGGCACUUCAUAUUCAAUGACUUCCCUUGGCAUUGGAAAUUUCCUUAGUUCUUUCCUUCUUUCAACAGUUUCUCACAUCACUAUAAAAAAUGGGAAUGGUUGGAUUCUCAACAACCUCAAUUCUUCUCAUCUUGAUUACUACUAUGCCUUAAUUGCUGUUCUUAGUACCAUCAAUUUCUUUGUCUUCUUGUUCAUCUCCAAAUUCUAUGUCUACAAAGCUGAAGUUUCUACUUCCAUAAAAGUGCUUGCUGAUGAACUCAAGGACAAGAAAACCAAGGGCUGAAUCCUUGUGGCUGCUUCCUACUCACUACCAUUAUGUUUUUUACCAUCGAAUAGAUGUCAAAUUUUUAAUGGUGGUCAGUAAGAAGAUACUUGCCACUAAGGAAAUGAAUUAGGUGAGUAUUUUUUAGUAUCUAGGAUAGAUACACUAUAUAUUUCUUGGUUUUGCUUUUAUUUUGACAUACAUGUAGAAAUUGUCCUUUCAUUAAAUGUCCAAGGGGGUUGUAACAUUAUUGCUUUAGGAUAUAAGGAGAAAGGGAAGGAAUAAGAUUUGGAAUUGGAUAUAUAUGUUUUAUGAGGAAACUUUAUCCUCUAGCUAUUUACAUUUUUUUGAAUAAGAUGACUUCGUUGCAAACUUUGAAAGUA